GCCACACAUACGGAUGGGUGUUGACUUGGGGCCGUGCGUGUGCGGUCGGUCGGUCGCCGGGCAUUCUCAAACGUUCGCACACGCGCCACCAUGGAAGUGUCCCACGAAGCCAUGCUCUUGUACGUGCGGUCGAUCAAGGCACCUGAGCCGUCGACGGCCGAGCGUGACGUGGAUCCGAAGAAGGGUCGCGUCAAGAAGUUCUUCAAGUCGCUCUCGAUGCGCAAGUCCAAGAAGGAUGACGACGAUCAAGACGACACGCGGUGGUCCGAUGUGUUUCGGUCCGACCGCAAACGUGGCGACUCGUUCUUUCGCCGACUUUCGUUCCUGCAACCCCGCGACUCGGAAACCUUGUCCACGAGCGAGCGACCGAGCUUCCUUGACCGCCUCGUCGGCGACAAACCGUCCCCCGUUGGCACGAAUGCGACCCGCCCUAGCAACGUUGCCUCCGACUUCACGAGGCCACCGCGGACGAGCCGUGAUAGUACACACGCGCCAACGCUGCGCCACAGCACCACGGCGACUGCUCUUGACUCGACACCCCAUCACACUAUGACGUUUGGCCGUGUUGACAUUCUCUCAAACCCUUCCCACCAGCCACUUCGACGACCCCAUGAUGUUUCAGCGCACCAUCCUGCUUUGUCGCCCAUGGAGCCCGUGAAAGAGCCUCUGGUGGUAGUCCGCGAAGAAGAUGUGCAUGUGAAAUCCCCCAACGUAACAGGAGAACCUCUUGAUAUCCCGUCCGAGGGACAUGAAACCCUUGCCAUCGUGGCCGAAAGCGCGUCAUCCACCGAGACUGCCGCCGCUGAAUCCAACGACACCAACUUGCUCGAUGCCGCAUCGAUACCAUCCCAAGAUGUCAAGUUACAAGUCGCGAAGCCGUCUGCCUUGGACGCUGACCCACGACAAACUCAGUUGGAGGCAAGAAUCGCCGCACUUUUACAUUUGAAACGUGUCGCGGCGGUCAAGGCGCCCAUGCCAAAGGCUGCUCCUGCGCGCCCCGUUCCAGUUGUGACUCGCCCCCCCGCAUACGACGUCAUGGACGACGGCACGUCGUUGUGGUUUGACGAGGUAUUGGCCAUGAUGGGGGCGCCGAGCUUUUAGAGUCGGGCAAGUCGUAUUUAUUUGCAGUGUUAACGUGAAACAUGCGUGUGCUGGUUUCAAGAGCAUCUUGGGCGCUGCCGUCCCCAAGCAGCGCCCGCUUCUGGUCACGAGAACGUU